AUGCCCUCCAGUUCUGAGGAGGCGCAAGCCCUCGGUCACGCAGAGUUUUGGGACGAACGGUAUGCAAAGGCUGACAGCGACAAGCCAACGCACGAAUGGUUCCGCGCAUUUGAUGAGCUAGAGCCCUUUUUCAAGAAGCAUUUGUUCGAUAAGGAGAGGGAUGAGGGAAAGAAUGCCAAAAUUCUUCACUUGGGGAGCGGGGACAGCACGGUCCCAUACGAUCUUUUAGAGCGAGGCUAUACGAAUCAGCUCUGCAUUGACUUUUCCGCGGUAGUGGUCGAUUUGAUGAAAUCACGACAUCCAGAUAAAAGUCAGGUUGAAUGGAGAGUCGGCGAUGUCCGGGAUAUGAAAGACAUCGACAGCAAGUCCGUAGAUGUCGCCUUUGACAAAGGCACUCUAGAUGCAAUGAUCUACGGAAGUCCAUGGAGUCCGCCCGAAGAGGUUAUGGACAACAGUGGAAGGUAUAUCAGUGAGGUCUGGCGCGUCUUGAAAGACGACGGCGUGUUUCUUUAUAUUACCUAUCGACAACCGCACUUUGUCAAACCGAUCCUCAAUCGCAAGAAUGAGUGGGAUCUAGACAUGGAAAUCAUGGGCGGAGGCGACAGUUUCCAGUACUUUGGCUUCAUUCUCAAGAAGAACACCUCAGGCGCGAACUGA